UUUGAUUAGCUCUCGUUUAUAUCAUUCUUUAUAUUAUAAUAGUAUUUAUGUUUCGAUUAAUCUACAUACUGUAUAAGUACAUGUUGUAUUAAUCCUGGAUCAUUGUAUGAGAAGGACAAUUAACCAAAUGGAUAUCGAGUGAAUUUAUCAAUCAGUAUUGAUCUAUGAAUACAUUUACUGUUGAUCGUUUAACGCCAUUGAACCAUAAUCUGCAUACAUUUAAAUAGUUAAAUAUCAUCAUUUUCAUAAAUUGUAGUUUAAUUUUGUAAUGUUAAAUUGUUCAUAAAUAAAGAGCGCAAGUGUAAAUUGCUACGGUUGACAAAUGAAAGAUUUUCAUUGCAUUCACAAUGAACGGAUGAUAUUUAAAACAAUCAAUUUAUUACAAAAUGAAAUUAAACUUAACAAUUGGAAUAUUCAAUAUUCCUGGAGUUGGGAUGUUCGAGGAAGACGAUGAUGGAAAUAUAAUUCCUCAAGUUGAUUCGGUGAAAAAAUUUUUAGAUUUAAUAACAAUUUAUGCAAACCUAAACGGUAUUUUAAUUGAGGCUCCGACGGGACAAUUUGGUAGCAUUGAAAAUGGUACUUAUAAAGAUGGCAUGUUGGGAUUAUUACAGAAUCAGGAGGUAGAUUUCGGUUGGCUUCCGGUCCUACUUGACCCAGGUCUACUGGGCUGGUUUACGGCCGUUGUUUCAGAGGAAAAAUUUUAUCUACACAGUUUUCCUCGAACUGGAUCGACAAUCAAUCAAAAUGUUAGCGAAAGUUUUCACUUUUUUACCCUAACAACUUGGCUAAUCAUCUUAAUUGUAAUUUAUUUUCUCGAAUUUAUUUCAACUUACAAAAAUUUGUCUAAUCGCCUUGGUAAACAUUUGAUUAGCUCAGUGGUACAAUUACCAUCAACGAUAUUUCACCAGUAUAUUACUUAUCGAUCAAUCUUUCGACUAUCACAAUUAAUUUUAAUUGCGAUUUUCACGAGUAUUUUUACUGCCUCUUUUAGCACUGGUACGAUUUCUGGUACAGGAGAUAUUCGGGUAAAUACCCUGAGAGAAAUCGUGGAUUAUGAUAAAACGCCAAUUUUCUUUGAAGGUAUCUCAAUGUUUGACCUUUUUGAACGUAAAGUGACCAAGGAAUACGCGGAUGUGUAUAAAUUAGCAGAAUCAAAGGGAACGGCAAAAGCUUUUGGUAUUGGUGUUGAGACAAAAUAUCGCGAAUAUUCAUCAGAUGUUGUGGCCAUUUUGUCGGAUAAGGCUGGUAAAAUUGGUAAUCCAAUAGAUGGGACUGACCAUCCAGCGGCUAAAUACUCGUACUGGUCCGAGAAACCUUUUUAUCGAGCAUCAAGUGGAUUCAUUAUGAAUCCAAAGCGAAAUAUCAACCAAAUAAAGAGAAGAUUAAAUUCAGUAACCUCUAAAUUGUUACAAUCAUCAUUGACUGAUUUUCUUUUUGUUAAAAUUGUCCGAGAAUUAGUUCAACGAAUACCAUUUAUCAGCAUAACUGAUUUCCAGUUAAGUAAACGCACUUAUCCAAUCAAUAAGAUUCAAAUUAAAUACACACCGUUUGGAUUCAGUGGAUUAAAAUUUGUAGUUAAAAUUUUGAUCAUACUGAUUUUAAUCACUUGUAUCAUUUUCUUAAUUGAAUUAAGUACUGGUAAAACAAAGCAUUGUAAAUCAUUUUCUAGUUCAAAAUGAAAAUUAAACAGUAAUUCAAU